CUAGAAGUCGACAUACCUUCCCGAAUGUUUUCCUUUAUUUUGAGAAGGAAAAUUGUGACAACUUCUUAAUUAAUUGUCAAAGUUAUCCCUAUUUGAUUUGCAACUAAAAGAGACACCUUCACGAUGAGCCGUUUGAACCCUCUACAACCUGGUACAUGCAGGCGAACAGUGAGCCUUGAAACAGUUCUGGGGCAUCACGAAAUUCAAGAACACAAGCUACGUGGCAAGAGGGAAGCUUACAAGAGACGAAACGAUUUGUACGUAAAAGCGAUGUACGGAAAUCCAUUGGAAAAAGAAGAAGUGAAGCAAGAUAGCAGAACAGCAUUAUUACAACAAAUGCAGGAGAAGGCACUGGCAGACAAAAGAGCAAUGACUGAGAAGACGAAAGAGAGUGAUUUUGCCAUCAAUUAUGACAGAGUCUGCACACAGCAGGAUAGAGAAGAUCGAAUCAACAAAGAAAGAUAUCUACAACAGUUCAGGAAUGAAAACAAAAGGUUGAUGGAGCUCCGAGCAGAACAGCAGAAAAAGAACACUCAAGCCAGGCAUCAUGAGGAGAGGAGUCUUCUUCAGCAAAGCCCAAUAAACUGGAGCCACACCCUACACUGAUUUCACUGGAAUUCCAACAGAUGCUUCCCUCUGGUUUAAUAGGAAGCUAUAAUUUAUAUUUUGUAACACUAGUUUAACUUCAUAAAAACAGACACAUUGUAUUUUAUAUUUGCAUUAAUUUUUUUGGUAUUAAUGUACAAAGUUACUACUGCCUGGAUUGGUUGAUAAAUGUAGUUGAAACUACACUGCACUGUGUAGAGAGUUUUGUGUGACAAAGGGCAAGGUUUUUUUAAUCAAGUUUUCUUAUUCACUAAAAGUAUUUGUCUUUGUUUCUAAAUGAUGUAGUCCAAUGUGGUGUACUAUAAGUGGGUGGUACAUGUAAUACUGUAUGCUAAAUUAUUUUAACAGUUCAGAUAUUCUUUUUUAUCCAAAAAUAGAUUAAUAUAUUAACAAUAAUGCUAUGAGGGCUAGUUACGCCAAUGUAAUUUUACCUCUAAUGCUGUAAUCAUAUUGAAAGUAUACUAACUCAAAAAUGUUUUAAGAACAAAAAAUGUGUGCUUGGAAUCAUGAGGUGAAAUAUCAAUUCUCCUAACAGAUUUCCAUACAUUUCUUCUAAUACUAAUCUUGAGAAUUCAGUAAUGGAACAUCUAGACAUUAUCCCUAGUUGAUGAUCUUAUUACAGCUGUACUUGUCUGCCUGACAAUGUAUUGAAUAAGUGAUAUUGUAAGCAGUUGUAUUAAAUGUUCUUAAGAUCACACAACUGUAAAAUGGCAAUGUCAUUGAUCUAUUUUUGCUUACACUUCACAAUAAAAGUCAAACAGGUCUUAGUCCUGGAACAAGUUAA